AUUUUAUUUAAACUAAUGUUUAAAAAAUAUUUCUUCAACUUUCAAUAGAUAUCAUAUUAAUGUUUAUUAAAAUAUAUUUCAUUUUGGGAGUAUUGUUUUUAUCUGUUAAAAACUCAAAUUCACAGGAUCGUGUUAUGAAUGAAGAUGGACCUCAACAGGAUUAUUCUCAAAUGCACUUGAUUGAUGUUGACAAGAUAUCCCUGUCAGAUGACUUGUCGAAGUACACGAUGUGUAAGGAUGUGUUUUACCCGGACAGUGAAAUAAUGAAAAUUUGCAAAAACAACUCGAUUUGCAGACUACUUCCAGGACACGAAGGCUAUUUGCAGGUUUUCUGUGACUGCUCAAACACCGUCACGGAAACACAUUACUUUAUGGGACCACAAUGUGAAACAAAAAUGGUCAUAUAUUACAAUCAAAAUGUGUAUGGAAUUGUUAACACGUCAUGGCUUGAAGAUAUUUUCUCACUAAACUCUUGGAAAAACGAUUUUUCAAGAGUUGGCCCAUUGUUUUAG